AUGAUCAUUCUUUGCAUAGUCUCUAUCUUGGUUUGCUUACCAGUGGAUGGAAUGUUGCCUCCUGGGGAUGUUUCUGGCAAUGAGAGCGACGUUCCUGGCAGUGAGAGCGAUGAUGCUUCGUCAGUCCCGAACAAUCUCCACGAUAAUGAGGUUAUCCCAACUUUGUAUGUUUCAAGAGACGAAAUAGAGAAAAACUCACCAUCAAGACGAGAUGGUAUCGAUUUGAAACUGGAAAAUCGCCUGCGCAUAUCUUACUGUACAUUUCUGACGCAUCUCGGGGAGAAAUUGAAAACUUCCCAGGCCACUAUAGACACUGCUAUAGUACUCUGUCACCGAUUCUUCCUUGGUCAAUCACACGCAAAGAAUGACAGAAGGACAAUCGCAACAGCCUGCAUGAUCCUUGCUGGGAAGGUUGACGAAGUUCCACAGGCUUUAGAAGACGUUAUCGUUGCCUCUUAUGAGAUAAUGCACAAGAAGGAGCUUGAUGCUUCUCAGAGAAAGGAAGUAUGUGAGCAACAGAAAGAGAUUGUAUUAAGUGGAGAGAAGCUUGUUCUUUCUACAUUAAAUUUUGACCUCAUGGUUUAUCUCCCUUAUAAACAUCUUCUAGAAGCAAUUAAGAAAUAUAUUGUUGAAGAGGAUAAGACCAAAUUCACACAAGUUGCAUGGACUCUUCUCAACGACAGUUUCCGGACGACACUCUGCUUGCAGUAUGAGCCUCAUCACAUAGCGUCAGGUGUGUUUUUCCAUACCACUGAUCUCCUCGGAACGGACUUGCAAUCACAUGGAGAGGGCAUGUGUCAAGAGUUUAAUACAACAUCUUGUCAAAUAAAGGAUAUUAUUGGACAAAUUAGGGAGCUUUAUGUGGAAAAGCCUGUUCCUGGACGCGAAGCCGAAAGAAGUAACGGUGGAGACAUGGUUGAUCAACCUGUCUCGAGAGAUAUGGCUUCCACAGAUGACUGUUCUAGUUCUGAUAUUGAAGGAGGCUCAGCGACAGUCAAUCUAAGCCAGAGUGAUGAUCAUUCAAUCUGCGAUAUGUCUAGGCCUGAAGGAAUUGCAAAGGACAACGCAGAAAGUGAAGCUGAAGAGAACCGAGACGACCAUUCUGUUCCUAAUAUGACUGAUGAGGCAAGUGAUGGUGAUGUUGGGGUCAGUCGAUUGGAGAAAGACUUGCAAAUCCCUCCAGAGGAGGAGGUGAAGGCUAACGCAGAGAAAGAUGAGAAGCCAUCUGACAAAGGUAUAGAGAAAAGGGAUUUAAAUGAUGAGAAUGAUUUGAGGGAAAGAGAAGUAGAAGAUGUGGAAGAAGUGGAGAUUGUAGAUGCAAACCAGUCAGGCGUUGAGGGUGAACUGAUGGCUGAUGAUCCUCUGAUGAAUGACAAUGAUUUGGAGGAGAUGGACCAUGAAGAUGGUGACGUAGAGAUGGUGACAGUGAAGAUAGUGUAG